AUACAGCCUCGUUGGAUUUAUUGUACGGUUGAACACGAUUUAAAUCAAGGGCACAAAAAGUAAACAAACGAACUGGGAAACGUCAAACGAAACGUCACUGUACUCACACCACGUGUAGCUAUCUUGGCGGUCCCUUUAUUCACCCCCCACCCCCAUCUACAUCACGUAAUAUUUUGCCUUUUUUCCUUAACUCAAGUUCGCCUUUGAUCUCUCACGCAGAAAGGGUGUUUGGUGUGUUCCGCGCGCGUGGAAUGUGCCUUGCCGUGGUGGUUGAUUCGUCGUCCGUCUGUCCAGCCACGCAGCCAAGCAUCCACUCGUCCCAGCAGUAGACAUCCGUCAUUCAUUCACGAGACUGAACGUGGAGCGGGUCGGGAUUUUUUUUUUGGGGGGCCAAAACCUGUGUUGCGUUAUGUAAACAUCUCCCGUCGGGUGGAAUAGUUCGUCCCCAACCUGCUGUUGUGGUGCAGUGUUUGUGUAGUGCAAAAAGUGCAUUGUGCAUCUGUGUAUGUGUGCCGUUCCUGUCCGAAAUUGCGGUACAGAUAAGCUAAACGUGCUAGAAGCGGUGCUGGAAUUACGCAUAUCAUUCCGCGGCGCCUAUGCAGAGCAACCACAAUCUAAAGGGAUAAGCACGGCGUGCCAGAGGUUUCCCACUGCCGUACAACGGGACUCUUGGUUUAGUGAGGAAACGCAUCUCGAAACAGCAGCAUCAGUGAGAGCUAAGAAACCCCCCAACCACCCCGGUUUUACAAGUCUUAGACGACGAACCUCCCGUCCGCGGGAACGAUCUACUUAAGCACUACACUUACUACUUGCGAAAGGUACUAAUACUCUCGACCAGUAUUAAGUCACAGUGAGCUCGGCCACAACACACUUUCACCGUGCGCGAGUUACAUCCGCUGCCUAUGAUCGUAAGCGCGACCCGCUUUUACACGCGAACCGGUGGCAGCAGCGACAAACGAAUUGCCCGCUCACGAGCCGGUGACCUAAGAUUGCUCCAAUAUACACACAUGGGUGAGCCAUUACACAACCCCUAACUUUGAGGUUGUUGCGAACGGCGAGCGCGAGUGCUUAAGGAUAUGUACCUUUCGGCUUAAGUUUGGUCAAAGGUUUGGAUUGGUUUUCGGCGGGUCGGAAUUAAAGGGAAGAAAAGUUGAGUUUUGUUAAGUUAAAUUGAACACUGCCAUCGGUAAACAACGUGUUCAUCAUCACCACACAUCGACAAGGGCGUCGAGAGGAUCGCAACGAUAUGGGCGACGAUCAGCAGAACCGGGCGAACAAAACGAUUCGCGUUGGAUCGCGGAAAAGUGAGCUGGCUCUCACACAAACGAAGCAUGUAAUCUCUCUGCUCCAGAAGCUCAAUCCGGAUGUGGUGUAUGAAAUUCAUACGAUGACAACGGUCGGUGACCGGGUGCUGAACAAAUCACUGCCAAAGAUCGGCGAAAAGUCGCUCUUCACCAAGGACCUCGAGGAUGCGCUGCGAACCGGCGGCGUAGACUUCGUCGUCCACUCGCUCAAAGACCUGCCGACCGCCCUCCCCCUCGGCAUGGCAAUCGGGGCCGUCCUGGAGCGCGAAGAUCCGCGCGACGCACUGGUGCUAAACGAACGGCACCGUGGCUGUACGCUGGCCACACUACCCCGUGGUUCCGUCGUCGGUACAUCAUCGCUGAGACGUUCGGCACAGCUGGCCCGCUUCUAUGCGCACCUGUCGGUGUGCGAUAUUCGGGGGAAUUUAAACACGCGCCUCGCCAAGCUCGAUGCCGAUACGUCCAAGUUUGCCGGCAUCAUUCUCGCUCAGGCCGGGCUGGUGCGGAUGGGCUGGAACAAGCGGAUCGAUCAGAUCAUUGAGCCGGAGGAAAUUUUGUACGCCGUCGGGCAGGGAGCGCUGGCGGUCGAGUGUCGAUCGAACGAUGAGUACAUACUGGGAAUGUUGGGCAAGCUGUGCCACCUCGAGACGCAAUGCCGUAUACUGACGGAGCGAAGCUUCCUGAAAACGUUGGGCGGUGGGUGUAGCGCUCCGGUGGCGGUUCGGACGGAUCUUAAGCGUCGCUGGAAGAGUGGUGGUGGUGCGGACGGAGAACGGGAGGAAUCGGGACGCAAGCGAGCAUCGCAGGACGGUGACGAGACCGAUGAAACAUUCCAGCUUGUCGUUGAGGGUGCCGUCUGGAGUUUGGACGGCAAGACGGAAAUCCGAACGCAUGGCGACUGUACGCUCGAGUUGGCCAGCUGUCGACCGAACUAUGAAGGAAAGAAUACUGCUGCUGAUGACGAUGAGUCGCAUCGUGCGAAAAAGCGCCGACAGGGAAGCGACUCAACACCGCCUGAGCAUCAGGAAAGGAAAAAGAGCCCGGAAAUUAUCCGUGAUAAUGAAAUACUGCUUCCCGGGUGCUCGAAAGACGGUGGCGGAGCACGAAUGGAUCUGAGCAAGUUUAUCGACAUUCAUGGCGAGCUGUUUAAGAAGUGUCCUUAUUCGUCCGAGCUGACGAAAAUUGCAAAGGAAGCGAAAGGAUCGGAUCCGAACGGUAAUGAGGUUGCGGAUGAAGCGGCCGACAAGGAUGAGGUUAAAGCUACGGCCGAGAAGGAGGGACCGCUCUGCCCCAGCUCUCGCUUCCCGGUCGGACAGGAAGUGAUGGGUGACUGCCCGUUCGUCAGUACGGAGGAAAAGGUGGAUCUGGUGGGAAGUAUUUCCGUCGGUUUGGUGUGUCCGGUUACUGGGAACAAGCAACAGCAGCAACAGCAGCAGCAGCAGGAACAUGACAAAAAUGGUGAAGACUCUAAGAACGGUGCCAACGAGAAGAAGGUGCAUGCGGAACAAGCGAUCCCUGCCGGUGUAGUACAACCGCUCGCCGACAAAUGUCCCUUCCUGGCGUCGGCCAAGGUGCUCGAUUACAACGAAAAUCUCGAUCGCCGCCAGAUUGUCGAACCGAAGCUAAAGGACGACAGUGAGCAUCUGUUCUGCGGGAUGCACCGGCAUUCGUACAUUCAGCGCGAGGUGUUCGAGCGGUGCGAAAAGUUGGGCUACGAUCUUGCCCACGACCUGAUCGCGAAAGGGGCACUGGCGGUGAUGAAGUGCGCCCAGAACGAGAUCCACUCGAAGCUAACGUAAGGGUGAGAGGGGAUGGUAGGUAUUGCCACAGUUCCUGUGUAGCGUAAAGACAACCAGCCUAGCAUAUAAUUAGUAAAAAAUGUUGAUUUUUGUUUUGGUUUCUCUGUUUUCCAACUGGUCUUUUUGUUAACCGCCGUACUCGCCAGCAUUCGCGAGAGUAUGACGGUAAAUUGCCCCCGAGGGAUCAAUGUUAAUGUGUAAAGGACAUGAAAGAAACAUUUUUGCAAUAUAAAUGUUAGACAAAAUAA